GCAAGUGGCAGAGACAGCUGCUCUCAGGGGCCACUGCCAAAGCAGCUGUGUUCCUAGGGAGGCGCCCGUGGGCCUCUGCUUUCCUCCCUGGGGCCAUGGGGGGCGAGCAGCAUUGAGGAGCCUCUAGAUCUCUCCGGGAGCUGGCAACAGGCCGUGCAGGAUGGGACAGGACCAGACGAAGCAGCAGAUCGAGAAGGGGCUGCGGCUGUACCAGUCCAACCACACAGAGAAAGCGCUGCAGGUGUGGACCAAGGUGCUGGAAAAGAGCGCGGACCCGGCAGGCCGCUUCCGGGUGCUGGGCUGCCUGGUGACGGCGCACUCAGAGAUGGGCCGCUACCGAGAGAUGCUCAAGUUCGCCGUGGUCCAGGUGGACACUGCGCGGGAGCUGGAGGACGCCGACUUCCUCCUGGAGAGCUACCUGAACCUGGCUCGCAGCAAUGAGAAGCUCUGCGAAUUCCCCAAGGCCGUCUCCUACUGCAAGACCUGCCUCGGCCUGCCGGGCACCAGGGCCGGUGCCCGGCUCGGCGGCCAAGUCAGCCUGAGCAUGGGCAAUGCCUUCCUGGGCCUCAGCCUUUUCCAGAAGGCCCUGGAGAGCUUCGAGAAGGCCCUGCGCUACGCCCACAACAACGACGACACCAUGCUGGAGUGCCGCGUGUGCUGCAGCCUGGGCAGCUUCUAUGCGCAAGUCAAGGACUACGAGAAAGCCCUGUUCUUCCCCUGCAAGGCGGCAGAGCUCGUCAAUGACUAUGGCAAAGGCUGGAGCCUCAAGUACCGGGCCAUGAGCCAGUACCACAUGGCCGUGGCCUACCGCCUGCUGGGCCACCUGGGCAGCGCCAUGGAGUGUUGUGAGGAGUCUAUGAAGAUCGCUCUGCAGCAUGGGGACCGGCCACUGCAGGCGCUCUGCCUGCUCUGCUUCGCUGACAUCCACCGGAGCCGUGGGGACCUGGAGACAGCUGUCCCAAGGUACGACUCCGCCAUGAGCAUCAUGACUGAGAUCGGGAACCGCCUGGGGCAGGUGCAGGUGCUGCUCGGUGUGGCGAAGUGCUGGGUGGCCAGGAAGGCACUGGACAAGGCUCUAGACGCCAUUGAGAGAGCCCAGGACCUGGCUGAGGAGGUGGGGAACAAGCUGAGCCAGCUGCGGCUGCACCGGCUGGCCGAAGACAUCUGCCGCAGCAAGGGGCUGCAGCGCGAGGUGCGUGCCCACGUUGUGCGCUUCCACGCCUGUGUGGAGGAGACGGAGCUGUACUGUGGGCUGUGUGGCGAGGCCAUUGGCGAGCAGAACGGCAGGUUGCAGGCGCUGCCCUGCGCACACCUCUUCCACCUCAGGUGCCUGCAGAGGAACAUGGCCCGGGGCUGCCCCAACUGCCGCCGUGCAUCCAUGAAGCCCGGCUUCGUGUGACCACGGCCUUGACCCGAACUCCACUUGCUCCCUCCUCGCCCUCUCUCCACCUGCACGCGGACCCAAGCUCUGUUUACCCUGGACAGCCCCA